ACCCAACCGCCUGAGUCCGAACUACACGCCAGUUCCUGGUGCAACCCGCCGGGGAUUCGACGCAAUAAUGGCCUGCGACCACAACUUGCAAAUUCCCUGCUCCUCUGGUGCACGUUCCGCCCCCCUCCCUUCCCGUGUCGUCUUCCCGUCGAUCGGCGGCUGGGUAAAGCGCAGGAGGCAUUAAGAGGGCUAGGGUUUUAGCUAGGGUUUUUUUUCCGGCGAGGCGCGGCGGCAGCAGAGCUAGGGUUUCCCUUCCCGGUGCGGCGAGGCGAUGGACGCGGCGGCGGUCGACGACGUGAUCCGGCGGCUCCUCGAUGCCCACGGCGGGCGGUCGCCGCGCAACGCGCAGGUGACCGACGCGGAGAUCCGGAGGCUCUGCGCCGCCGCCAGGGACGUGUUCCUCUCCCAGCCCAACCUCCUCGAGCUCGAGGCUCCCAUCAAGAUAUGCGGGGAUAUCCAUGGUCAGUAUUCUGAUCUUCUUCGAUUAUUCGAGUAUGGUGGCUAUCCACCAGAGGCGAACUAUCUGUUUCUGGGAGACUAUGUUGAUCGAGGAAAACAGAGUAUCGAAACAAUAUGCCUUCUCCUUGCGUACAAGAUAAAGUACCCGGAGAACUUCUUUCUUCUUAGGGGAAACCAUGAAUGUGCCUCUAUCAACAGAAUAUAUGGGUUCUUUGAUGAAUGUAAGAGAAGAUUCAAUGUUCGCUUGUGGAAGAUUUUCACUGAUUGUUUUAACUGCCUCCCAGUGGCUGCACUUAUUGAUGAUAAGAUCUUAUGCAUGCAUGGCGGUUUAUCUCCUGAAUUGAAGAGCAUGGAUCAGAUACGUAGCAUUUCCCGUCCUGUGGAUGUGCCUGACCAUGGUCUGCUCUGUGAUCUUCUGUGGUCUGACCCUGAUAAAGAAAUUGAAGGGUGGGGUGAGAAUGACAGGGGUGUAUCCUACACCUUCGGAGCUGACAAGGUUGCUGAGUUUCUUCAGAAACAUGAUUUGGAUCUGGUCUGCAGGGCCCACCAGGUCGUGGAGGAUGGUUAUGAAUUUUUUGCCAAGCGCCAGCUAGUAACCAUAUUCUCUGCACCUAACUACUGUGGCGAGUUCGACAAUGCUGGUGCUAUGAUGAGCAUUGACGAUUCCUUGACAUGUUCAUUCCAGAUUCUGAAGCCUUCCGAAAAGAAAGGAAAAGCAGGAACUGGGAACAUGUCAAAACCUGGAACACCUCCUAGGAAGAUAAAAAUCAAUAUCAUUUAGCCAGAUUUUCUCUAAACUUUACUGAGAAUUUGUGAUGAAGCAUCCCGCCAAACUUGUUAUGGUGAGAGCUUAGGUGCACCUAACACAAUGUUGAAAUGUCAACCCGCGUAACUUUUCUUUUAGUGGUCUGAGGUCUGAUACAAAUAUGUCCUGCCAUUAUCCCAACGAAAAUGAAGAUCAUACUAAGGAACAGAAACCUUACCUCAGAAGUUUUUGUGUGGAUUUUCUUCCUACUCUUCUACACAUGCAAAUCUUUAUGGCUGGGGAAGUGUCGUCGACAAGAUCUUGCGGUGGAGAUUGCAUUGUUAUGUAGAUGUUAUGUUUUGUACGAUAUUUUCCCCCAUAAGCUUGUUACUGAAAAUGAUUGACAAACUGUAGUGAAUGUCCUUUUGCUGA